AUGGCAUCAGGUGUGGACGUUGAUGGUGUUCUGAGGGGCAAGAUCAUGUCAAAGAGCAAGUUCUUGAGUGCUGUCAAGUCGGAUGGCUUCGGAUUCUGCUCAGUCAUCUUUGGAUGGGAUAUUCACGAUGCACCGUAUCACAAGGAGCUGCUCGUGUCUAACAAGGCGAACGGCUAUCGCGACCUCAUUGCCAAGAUUGAUCUGUCAACAUAUCGUCGUCUUCCAUGGGAGCGAAACAUCCCAUUCUUCCUCUGCUCUUUCGUGGAUCCCGAAACCUCAUCUCCACUGGACGUGGAUCCCAGGAGUCUGUUGCAGGGUGUCAUCGGUCAAGCUGAGGAGCUAGGAUACAAAGCUAUGGCAGGCGCAGAGUUUGAGUACUUUCAAUUCAGAGAGACUCCAGACAGCAUCAAGGAAAAGGGGUUCGCCGGUCUGAAUUCACUGACACCAGGAAUGCACGGAUAUUCGAUGCUGCGUCCGACGCUCAAUUCAGACUACUUUCACGACCUCUACGAUGAGGCUGAGAAGUUUGGUGUAGAGAUCGAGGGGCACCACACUGAGACCGGACCGGGAGUCUUUGAGUCUGCUCUCGGCUAUACAGAGGCAUAUCGCAUGGCAGACAACGCAUGCUUGUUCAAAUUGCUAGCCAAGAGCGUUGGCAUGAAGUAUGGGAUCAUUCCAACAUUCAUGGCCAAACCAUGGGGGGAUCUUCCGGGAUGCUCAGGGCAUAUACACGUCUCUCUACAGGACAAAUCUGGACGGAACAUCUUCAGUCUCUCUGAUGCAGAUCAAAAGGCUGGAGGACGCGGCAAUGCAGCGCACAAGGACCUCAAGUUCUUGUCGAAAGAAGCUGAAUGGUUCUUGGCCGGUUUGCUGGAGGGUCUGGCAGAUGUCAUACCCAUGCUGUGUCCAACGAUCAAUUCAUACAAAAGGCUGCUGGGAGGAGAGGCAUUCUGGGCACCUGAUACCGCAUCCUAUGGCUACGAAUCCCGUGUAGCUUCCAUAAGGAUCAUCGGUCCCCCAGGCUCAAGCGCUUCAGCUGCUCGAUUCGAAGUACGAGUCCCAGGAGCUGAUAUGAACCCGUACUUUGCCUUUGCGGCAAUCUUCGGCCUCGGCCUGCGAGGCAUCAAGCGACGCAUAGAGCUGCCGUAUGGUCCUGUCGGAUCUCCGGGCGUCACUCGAGGUACACUGCCUCAUCUGCCGACCAGCUUGUCCGCGGCGACAGCCACUUUCAAGCGGAAGGACAGCAUAGCUCGAGAGGUCUUUGGGGAUCUGUUUGUGGACCACUUUGCGGGGACACGGGAGCAUGAGUUGGCUCUGCAUGAAAAGGCAGUGACCAGCUGGGAAGGUGAGCGCGAAGCAAGGUGA